AUAAGGACGAACGACGAAAAAUCUCGCUGCCUGAACUUCCCCGAAGGUACAUUUUUGUUUUAUAUAUUUUAAAAUCAAAAUAGCAUUAGGGUAUGACGUUCAGUAACUCGCUAAUGGCCGUAAUAAAACAAUAAUUUAAUGAGCUUAUUAGCUUAAGAGUAAAAGGGCAACUCCGCAACCGAGCCUCCAGUUCUCACAAGUUCAUGUGCAUUCUGCAAUCCAAUCUGCAGUGUCAAAAGUUGUUACGGUUAAAUUGUUUUACUUCGGCAGUUUUUAUAUUUUUUACCACAGCGCAGAUGGAGUGAACGUGAAGCUGCCUUCAGCAUGUUGUUGCAAAGUUUCAUUCAAUCAUAUAGUGAGCCAAUAAGUUCGUUCACGCAAAGUUUUGCUGCCUAACGUGGUUGAAACAAAGCAGUCGGAACAGCCCAUUUGCCCAAAUCACAUUAGUGCUAGAAGUGAGCUUCGUGUACAAGAAUGAGAUAUCGUGUUGGAUAAAACAAGCCGAUCACCAAGAGAAACAUCAACCUGGAACUUCACCUUCCAAAAGAGUAGGAGUACGUCAGAGAUUAAAUCGCAGCUCCGAUGAUCUCCAUUAGGAUCUGUUCUCAAGGUGACUGGAAGACAACGUAAUGAUCCUUAGUCUGAACAACCCUGGCUCGUAAUACCUAAUACGAACUAAUUGGCAAAGGAUCCGUUGAUAGCGAACGCUGUACCCCUAUUUGGAGGAAGAUAGGAGACAACACGAUCAUCGAUACCGAUUGGUGGCUAACCGGUAAGACGGCCAAACCAUCUUGGCAUUAUUAUUCUUUAUAAUUUUCAACCCCAUUGGGUAUCUAAAGUCAAACUAGAGUAGGUUAAAUCUAGUUAUUGGUUAAACAAGUUACCCUUAUUCAUUACCUCAACUAUCGCUGAAGCUUCGGUGGGUGGAAGAUACAUAUAUUUUUAGGAGAAGUGAAUCUCAUAAAAAAUCUCCUAGAGAAACUGAAAAAGUAUAGUCUAAAAAAAUAGUGCUUUAAGUCUAUUACUGGUAAAUAAUUUACGUUUUCUAUUUUACGUUUAGUAAAAAUCAAUCAUGCGGGUCAAGGAAAUGAAGUGCGCUCUAUACCAUUUGAGUCUUGUGAUGAGUAACAUUGUUGAUUAUCGUCCAAGCCUAGCCGAGCCUCCCGGUGGAGAAAAUCUCCUUGAUAGAUGCUGGUAGUUUGCUUCAGGAAAAUCGCUUACAGCCUAGAGGAAAUGGAACACUUUCUAGUUUUGAUACGCGCUCUGGAGGAUUAGGGUGACAGCUGCCAGGGGUUUGCGCCCGCCUAUAUUACCACGGAAAAUGAUAUAUGUACCAUAAGUUCGACGGGGGUUCUUCAACAGAGCGAGCCAACUUUCGUGCGUCUAAACAAUAAACUUGUGAUUUUAUUGUUCGGACCUCUAUAUAAGAUAGCACGCUCUCGCCUUUUUUUUCACAGUUCUCUUUUCAGCUCUCGCCGACGUCCAGCUCAGUUGCGGACGGAGCUCAAGUUAUUGCCUCAACGCCCGAUGGAACAUUACAGCUUUUGGAUUGUUAACACGCUACUCGUUUACCUUACCUUCAACUAUGCAUUGUGUAAUCCUUUUGAUAAGGAGAAUUUAGAAUCGUCAAACAGGAGAUCUGAACAUGAUGACUAUUCGUGGUUGAACUUACCCUCGCGACCAUUCUUUCAUCCUUGGAGGAACGAAUAUCGCGGGAGAAAAAUGUGGAACUAUGACAGACCAGAACCACCCAGAUCGCCUUUUCAUCCGGAAGAAUUACCGGUCGGACUUCGAACGCCUUUUCUGGGCUUCCGCGAGUCCAUUUUUGAAAAGGUGAUCAUUCCUCAUUUGCGCGGUAACUCCAUCCCUUCUCGGCAGAAAAGUUACAGAAAUUUCGACCAGAACGCUCUUUUUCGUCACGAAGUCGAGGAAUCAAAUUUUAAACUCCCGAAAUCGUACUUCGCUGAAAGUCCUUUAGCCAGUGAAAUCAACCUCCAGCAUGAAGUGGAAGAACCGAGUGAAAAAUCGUAUAGCUUCGACAAGCUUUUCCGACUUGGAACUGGAAAUUUGCCGCUAAGUAAAUAAAAGAAAACUCUUUCGCAUAAUCAGCAUGUCCAAUUCAAUCCUUAAAUUCCAUUGAACAAGCUGAAAUUACGAUUAUAAUUCAGUUUUGGUUAUUAACAUGUUUCGGCGUCUCUUGAAGAGCGACUCACAUGUAUUCAGAAUUUUAUAAAAGCUUCGCACCAAAUCUAAUAAUAAAUGUUUUCUUUUUAAAAA